CCUCUCCUCUCCCUCUUUUCUCCUCGUCACACUCUUUUCAAAACAUCUCUCUCUUCCCUUUUUUGCUCCCUUCCCUUCUCUAUCUGCAACAAAACUGAGCUAAUCCCCAAAACGUUUACCAGCGGUAGGGGGGACACGGCUCUCUUUGACGUCCAAGGCCCGGCAUCCCCUCACCGCCGAUCGCGGCGACCCCCCCACCCACCCUAAACCACGCAAUUAUAUAUAUAAUAUAUGCAUUUAUUAUAAAGGCAAACAACUCCCUUUUCUCUCCGCUCUGUCUUGCACCAUCUCUUCUCCUGCCCUCUUUCUUCCCCGAUUCUCUCAUAAAGCUCCCACCUUUGUCCACUUUUCUUGCUCUUAUCCUCCAUUAAUUGCCUUAGCAAUGGAAAAGGAGAGAUUUUGCAGCACCACACCACCCCUAACUUGGCAAUCCGGCAACCCCCUGCCGCCGCCGGAGCCGGAGAUGACCUCCCUUCCCGGCGCCGACCGCUUCCACAACCUCAAUUGGGACCGGCCGAUGGACCGCAGCGCCCCCUUCGAGUCGGCUCUCUCCUCCCUUGUGUCGUCGCCGUCCUCCAACCUGGCCACCACCGCCGCCAGCGACAGCGUUGUCCUCCAUGAGCUCAUAUGCCGCCUCGGCAGCAUCUGCAACUCCGACGAGAUCUCUCUCACUUCUUGCUACCAAAGCGCCAACACCUCUUGUUCCAGUACUCCUCUGAAUUCCCCUCCAAAGCUUAAUCUUUCCAUGAUGGAGCACUACCAGCAGAGCAGCAGAGGAUUGCCGGUUUCCAGGAACCCGGCAAUGCCCACUCUCCACCUGGCACCGUUCACCACGGACCCAGGGUUCGCAGAGCGGGCUGUGAGGUUUUCGUGCUUUGGAGGGAGGAGCUAUGGCGGGCUAACCGGCCAAUUCGGACUGCCGGAGAUUGGAAAGAUGUCGAGGGUCUCGAGUAGCCAGUCUUUCAUGGGGAGUGGGUGUCAGAUGGGCAUUUCAGAUAAUGGUCAGGAGAUUGCAAUGCAGGAGGGAGUCCAAGUUGAGAUGGAAAUGAGGUAUAGGUUAGGUGGUAGGAUGUCAGGGUCUUCGACACCGGACAAUGGGGAAUUCGGCGGUGGACAGGAGGAAUCAUCGGCCGAUCAGAUCACAGCGGGUGGGGAGACAUCCUCGAGGGGAAACAAGGAGAACAAUGCGAGGAAACGGAAAGCAGCUCCCAAGGGGAAAGGAAAGGAGGCGCCUUUGUCCUCCUCUGGCACUAAUCCUUCCAAGAUAGCAGAGGAGGAGGAUUCCAAUGCAAAGAGAAGCAAACCAGCUGAAACCAAUGGAACCGACCAGGAUGUGGCGGCUAAGCCGAAGGCCGAGCAGAAUGGCGGUGCAAGCUCUGGUGGUGAUGCUGGUCAAAAACUGGGGAAGGAGAAUAAUGCCAAGCCCCCUGAGCCUCCAAAAGAUUAUAUCCAUGUGAGGGCUCGAAGAGGCCAAGCAACCGAUAGCCACAGCCUCGCCGAAAGGGUGAGAAGAGAGAAGAUCAGUGAAAGAAUGAAAUUUCUUCAAGAUCUAGUGCCAGGUUGCAAUAAGGUAACUGGCAAAGCAGUGAUGCUUGAUGAGAUUAUAAACUAUGUGCAGUCAUUGCAGCGCCAAGUUGAGUUCCUUUCAAUGAAGCUGGCAACUGUGAAUCCACAGCUUGACUUCAGUAUGGAAAAUCUCCUCCCAAAAGAUAUGCAUCAAGCACAUCGGCCUUUGCCAACACAGGUUUAUCCAUUAGAGGCCAUCAGCACGGCAUUCUCAUGUCCUCACCAACCUCAGGGAAACCCUCUGCAGAGUGUUGUGACCAAUGGCCUGGAAAACCAGUGCUCCUUGAACCCAUUGAACUCCUCUCUGCGUCGAAGUCUAAACAUGCAACUACCUCCCUUCGAUGGCUCCGGGGAUGCCACCUCUCAGCUUGGGACUUUCUGGGAGGAUGACCUCCAGAGUUUUAUCCAGAUGGGAUUUGGGCAGAGCCAGGAGAAUUCAUUUUCUUCCCAGGGCUUCCAUGGUAAGUGAAUUAAAAGACCACUGGGUGUCAGAUGGUAAUCCAUAAUUCAGAAGGAUUUGAGAAAAACUGAUCACUCCUGUAUUUAGAGAAAGUUGAAAAUUGAUCUCUGAUCCAUUCAAUUUAGAGAAAUAGAGGCCUUUGUACAUACCGAGAUGUUGGUGCAGGACAGCACAGGAAGCUUUGAACUAACAACCAUCAGGUUCGAGCGCAAAAUUUGUGCAAAGUUUUCUUUGACACCACAUGUAAGAUCAUUACAGGUGAGGGCGAGGGCGAGAGAAAAUUCAGUAUCAUGAUGUUGUUUUAUGUUAUCAUGAGAAUACUAUUGAUUAAUAAUUAGUGAUAUCUAUAUCGUUGUUCAUUGCAAUUCUCACAUCUGUGUUGGGUGUUUCCUUGGAUUUUGAGAAAUGUUAGUUAGAAAGUUGAAUCACUUUAAGGAUACUGUUACUGCCUUAAUAUGUGGAAAUUGAGAUGCUUGUUUGCUGACAGCUGUUGAAAGGAACCAACUAGUCUUUUUCAAGCCUCGGGGAUGAACCAAGACAUCCUACAUCUUCUGCACUUCAAUACUAACUACUUGAGCUGGAGUCAGCUGCAACUUUUCAGAACUUAAAGCCCUUUUCUUCCCCGUAUACUUUCCAUGCCCCACCUAACACCAGAAAUAUACCUCCCAGAGGCCCCAUUCUUUAUUCUCCCAGCAUCAAUAUAUGCUGUCUUCUGGUGCUGGCAAGGUAGACAGUGCUGUCAUGAGGAGAAUAGCAUCAAACUGGCCAGGUUGGCGAAUUCGAGUUUGACAAGGAUCGGUCAGGCAAAAAGUCUUGUUCUAAAGUCCAAUCUACCGAAGCUUUACAGUUCAUAGUAGAAUAAACAAAAUAUUGGAACUGGAGUCCAGAGUGGAUUAGAUUCCCUCCAGCAGUGGGGACAUUUCUUAGAAAGACUGCUGUAACGAAUCCAAUUUCCAGAUCCUCUAUUUUUUCCAA